GCCGCCCGCUCCCGGGGCGCCGACAUCCCUCAGCAGCGAGCCCCCUCCGUUCGCUGCGGCAACCGACGGCGGAACCGUUGUAUUAAACCCUCAACGUUGCAAUAAGUGCAUUAAACUUUAAAGACUCUUGGAAUGACUGAACUCCUUUACUUUGUAAACUGCCUUGGUGUGAUGGUCUUUCUGCUCACUGUUCUCUAUCACUGGGUCGACAUUACACACACUAGAUCUGCAACCCUUACUCAAAAUUUCUAUGAUGCCAGGCCAAAAAGAAGCUUUCACAGCCACUGCCGAAGGAAGGUGUAUACACGAAUGUCUGAAUCGGAGUGUGAACAAGAGUCUUGAUCAGUGAUUUUUGAACCUUGCUUGAGAUAUCUGGAGACGAAACAUCCACUUGCAUCAAAAUCUGUGACGAGCUGAGAAUAUGUCAGUGAGAAAUGUAAUCUGCACAGAACAAGCUAGGAACUGAUGGGAUCCUGCUGCUUACUGACAAACAGAGAGUGCCAAGUUGGGUGUAAAGUACUUUGGACCAUCCAGGCAUGAUACGACGUCUUUUUCAUCCUUGAAACCUAAAGUCUUAAUUUGAUGCCAUGAACUUUUCAAAGCCAGUGAUUGAAGUGGUGAACCUUGGUAGGAUUUCUUAUGGCAACGCACUGCAAGCUCAGCGGAAGUUCAUCCGACGCCACUUUGAUGCUCUGUCCCAGCUGCCCACUGCUGAGCCACCAGUGAAUGCACUGCUCUUGUGUGAGCAUGCUCCUGUUUACACUAUCGGCAUAAGGACAGCACAAUACCCAAUUGAGGAGGAAGAGAGAUUGAAGGGGCUGGGCGCAGAGUUUUACCAGGCAAACCGAGGAGGUUUGAUCACCUUCCAUGGCCCCGGGCAGCUGGUGUGCUAUCCCAUCCUCAACCUGGCCCAUUUUAGGAAGAGCGUGCGGUGGUACGUGGGUGAGCUGGAGAGGACCACCAUCCAGCUCUGCCACAAGUUUGGGAUAAAAGCAGAGACCUCACCUGAGACUGGAGUGUGGGUCGGAAACAACAAAAUCUGUGCCAUUGGGAUUCACUGUGGCAGAUACAUCACCUCUCAUGGGUUAGCGCUGAACUGUAACACCGACCUCCUCUGGUUCUCACACAUCACCCCCUGUGGUAUCGAGGGGAAAGGGGUUACAUCUCUGAGUCAAGUACUGAAGAGGGAAGUGACCGUCUCUGAGGCAGUGGAGCCUUUCCUGGAAACGUUCGCAGAGCAGUUUAACUGCACGCUAAGGCAGUAGAAGCCAUCCAUCUCCAAGCUGGCCAUCUCCACAGAUCCUCACCCAGUCAACUGGCUGUACUGUUUGAAGUGGGUUGAGACUUGCCUGUAAUCUGCAAGGAAGAGUGGAGCUUGAAUAGAACACGAAGAUCAAACACAUUACUUGUCCUGCCCAACAGGAUCCAGUGAAUUGCUAAAUCGCGCCUUCUUGUCGACUGAUACCAGAACACUGAAUGAGAACUUGAGGGCGCAGAUGCAAGUGACUGCAGAUGUGGAAAUCUGGAGAAAGAAACAAACUGCUGUAGGAACUCAGUGGUCAGGCAGCAUCUGUGGAGGUAGUGGGAUGGUUGACUCUGUAUCAGGACUCUGGCUUGGAGUGGUUAAGUGAGAUUAGGUAGUGGGAAGCUAAAGGAAUGCUAUUAAAUAAAAUGACAUGGUGAAUAAUGCUGUGAUGUGAUUCUGAGCCAUACAGAGUCGAUGAUGUUCUAAGUACAUUUGUUGGCCUGUACCUAUCAUGGGGCAGUAGGUGUCAAAUUAAAAUUGCUCAUUAUA